AUGCCAAACGUUAAUCACGAUGGUUUCGAACAUCGCCUGGCUCUCAUUAAGGCGAUUCUGCAGGAGUACGGUCUACAGUCCACCGAGAUACAUCCAAUCGCGUAUGAAGAAGACUGUCCAUUCCAGUAUAAUAACUUCAUUUAUAAAAUCAAGCUCUCGAAGCCAGCGACAGAAAGCUCUUUCUUGAGUGCACCGUCUUACACUGUCAAGCCUCCCUUGACAGGUGUAUCUACAUUAGUACUCCGUCUGAGCAAUCCUCAGGCGAUGGGUCUGAAUCAGACUAAUCGGGUACAAAAUGAGGUUGCCGCUAUGAAAAUCGCACGCGAUGGAUUACGCACCUUUCGAUCUGGCCUUGAAGUCCUUGUUCCCGCCAUCUACGCGCGGAAGAUACCUUCGUCAAGUGAAGAUACUCCUGGCUUCGGUUGGAUUAUGAUGGAGUAUAAGAGCGGCGUGCCACUAGAUGAAUACUUUGUCGGCCUACCUACCACCAUGAAAAAAGAUAUUCUCGAGCAGAUUGCAGAUACCAUCGCCGGGAUUGAGGGUUCCCAGCUUCCUUUGAAGGUAGAUCAGUUUGGUGGAUUGACGAUAGGAAAGGAAGGUAUCAUCAGCGGAGAGAUGACGACCAUUCAAGGUGGACCAUGGAAGACCUAUGAAGCUUGGUGGCAGGAUAGACUUAGAGAUCAACUGAAAAGUGCAGAUAAAAGUCCGGUCCUUGAGGGAUGGCGCCCGGGGGGUAAGCUUCGCGAUCGCAUUGAGGAUUUUAUUGCCUAUGAGAUAAGUAGCAUAUUCACACAAGCGGGAGUAGAUUCCAGCAAGCGAGUGCUUAUACAUGGGGAUUUCACAAUGAACAAUAUGCUUGUUGACCCAGAUACCAAUCAACUUACAGCAGUGCUCGACUUUGACUUCUCUCACAUCGGUCCUCCAGCUCAUCUGUUCUUUACGGUACUGCAAAGCCUAGGAACCAGCGCCGAUCCAACUGGUGGCAAGCUUACCGAGGUUCAGGGACUUGAGACACUGAACCAACUAGCGGAACUGGAACGUCUCAUCUGUCCCUUCCGACUCGCUGUACCAAUUUUUAUAGAAAAGAAGACGAAAGAGGAACUAGCGCAAGCUAGACUUCUAGCAGAACAGGCCCUGGUCAAUCAGUUAGGGCUCUGGGGUUAUUGA